CCCCGGCCCUCAACGUCUCGCCGGCCACAUGGAAAAGGCGGGGCAGAAGCUGAAGCAGCCGCCGCUCCCGGGGGGCGGGGCCAAGCGGCGCACCAGCAUGUUCGAGAAAGAGAAUUUUGCACAGCUGCUGAAAGAAAGAAUCAGAAAUUCAAGCCAUGAUGUUUGUGGUACAGAACCAAUGGAAGAGGAGUCUAUGGCAGAGUUUGGGAAAACUGAAUUAUUUGCACUAAAAGCAAUGACAAAAAUGAGAUAUGCCAAUACAUACAGAAUGGAGCCAAACAAUAAAUUCCAGGCUCAUUUAGUAAGAAAGAAGAUUCAGCAGAUGCUAACGAAUAGACUUCAGGAAGUUAAUUAUGAUGGUGCAACUAGCAACUUCCUGUGUACUUCACUCUCAGAAGAAAUAAUAGCAUCUGUCAAGGCAAUGGGCUUUGAUCGUUAUAAGUAUGUAGUAACAGUACUAACUGUGGAAAAGACAGGUCAGGCAAUAAAUAUUGCCAGCAGAUGGCUCUGGGAUGUUGCAAGGGAUGACUGGGUUUCAGCUAAAUGUGAAAUGGAAUCUUUUGUUGUAUUGGCUUUGCUAGUUGCCUGUUAUUUUGAGUAAUUUUUCUAAAAGCUGCAACUAUUAAUGUAUCUCACAGCAUUGUGAAUGUUUGUUCAAAACCUUUCAAAAUAUUAUUGUUGAAUGCUUUCUUUUAAAUUUUAAAAUAGCUGUUUUGUUAAAAAUCCACAUACUGUACUUUAAUUCUUUCUAGUUUAUUUGUGUGUGUGUUGUGCAUAUUAUAUGUCUACUGCAUUUCUGUGUCUAAAAAUUAAUGAUACGUUUAAGGCCACAUCUUGCAAGGUACCAAAUGUCACUUCCAGCAGUUGCUAAGCAAUGGAUUUAUAACAAACUGCAGUUUAACAAUUUCAUUCAUUAAAGCAAAAUGUUCUGCCUUUGGAGGUGGAAUUUGCAACAGAAAAGUAACAUUGUAUUUUCCCCUAGGUCUUGUCAUAUUCAUCAAGCUGCACAGGAAGAGUUUGUACAGACCUGGUAUAAGAAGCCACUGUAAUGUAACUUAUAUUUAAAAAACUUUGAUUAGAUUAAAUAUAUUUUCUCUCUCUA